AUGAAUGAUCCAGGAUUUUAUUUUGCAAUAGAAGUAGACAGUAGUGGGCAAAUGAGGAGUGUUUUCUGGGUUGAUGGAAGAUCAAGAGCAUCUUAUUUGCAAUUCAAUGAUGUUGUUGUGUUUGAUGUGACAUACAGAACUAAUAAGUUCAGUCUUUCAUUUGCUCCAUUUACUAGUGUGAAUCACCAUAGGAAGUUCACUUUACUUGGUUGUGCAUUAUUAGCCGAUGACCAGGAAGAUACCUUUGUGUGGUUAUUUCAAGAAUGGAUGAAAUGCAUGCAUGUGGUUGAACUAGGUGCCAUUAUAGCAAAUCAGGAUAGAACAAUGUAUAAUGCUAUUCACUCAGUGUUUUCAAUAACAAGACAUCGUUAUUGCUAUUGGCACAUGCAAAAGCACAUUAUUAAUCAUUUGCCUAUUUUGGGGUCUCAUUAUGGUGAACAGUUUCAAAGAGCAAAAUUCAAUAAUGCGCUCGAACUUGUAUUUGAUUCAGAAGAGAAGAUGCAAAAACUAGAUGAUGUGCUAACAAAUUUUAUAGAGUCAAUUGAAGAAGAAGUUAGAGAAACUCAAGUUCAAAUGGUGGAUAUUCCUCAGAUUGCUGCAUCCAUUUCACAUACAAUGGAGCGCAUUCCUCAUAUUACAGUUUAUGAUCCUGAUAGACCUGCAAGGACUAAAGGUCGUCCACGCAAUGCUACUAGAAUCCAGUCAGGUUUAGAUGAUAGACCUGCAAGGACUAAAGGUCGUCCACGCAAUGCUACUAGAAUCCAGUCAGGUUUAGAACAAGCAUAA